AUGGAAGGGGUGUUCGAAAGAACCCAUUGUGAUGAGACUGAUUUCGUGGCAUACGGAACCGGUCAGUUAAGAGGCCAAGCUAAGGAUUGGUGGGAUAAUCUUAAGAAGGAACAGGGAAUUGAGGCCACAAGAACUAUGAUGUGGGAAGAAUUCAAAACACUGUUCCUUAGACACCAUAGCCCGAAAGCUGUGAUUAACAGGAUUAAAGAAGAGUUUAUUCAGCUGAGGCAUAGUGGUGAGUCGAUAGAAAAGAUCACGGGAGUGUUUCUUGACAAGCUCAAGUUUUGUGACGAGCUGGUUCAAAAUGAAGAACAAAAGAUAUACUAUUACUACAACAUGCUGAGUGCGGAAUAUCGGGAGUUUAUGACUCCUUCGAAAUAUGGGCAUCUUACAGAGAUAGUAAAUGUUGCACGCGAAAGGGAAAUCGAGCUGAAGAAACAAAUCGAAAGGGGUGAAAGAAGGGUGUUUGAUGUGAACCUAAGCCCUGCAAAGAAACCAAAGCCGAAUGAAGCUCCUAAGAAAGGAGUUUCAAAAGGGGGAGUACCUCAAUGCAAAAUAUGUGGAAAGACUCACAAGGGCGAGUGUUAUUUUAAAAACAAACCAUGUCCUACUUGCGGAAAAGUGGGACAUGUGGUUGCAAAUUGUCCAGGGAAGGUGUCAGUGUGUUAUAAAUGUUACAAACCGGGACAUAAAAAGUCUGACUAUCCGGAGUUGGUUGGAACCAAAGACACAGCUGACACAAAGUCUGAGGCCCAGAAAGUGAGGGCAAGGUCCUUCCACAUGACAGCUACAGAGGCUAAAGCUGAACCUGAUGUUGUUUCAGGUAUAUUUCUUGUAAAUUCAAUUCCAGCACGAAUUUUAUUUGAUACGGGUGUGAAUAGAUCUUUUGUUUCACAUUGA